UCACAAAAGCCGAAAAGAAUUGAGUAAAAAAGUGGUGAUUGAGAAAGAGGGAUAGGUGAUCAGCAUAUUGUUGAAUCCUAUCUAUAAAAUUUUGCAGCAUUUCAACUGACUUCUCCCUGAGAAUGGCCACAAAAUGGCAGAUAUUUACAGGAUUGAGCAUGGCGUCGACGCCUGCCUCUUCUUUCCAAGCUUCUUCUUCGAGCUCUAGCGGCCUCUGCAUGGUCAGAAAACCUCUCACGACUUCCUUCUUCAAUGGCGGAGUGGAGGCUCUAAAAGUUGAAGUGAUUAGGGUUGCUCCUUCCAGUCGACCACAUUAUUCUAGACAACGUGGAGGGGCUCUUGGUGCUCGUAUGAAUCUAUUUGACCGGUUUGCUAGAGUUGUCAAGUCAUAUGCAAAUGCAUUAAUAAGUACCUUUGAAGAUCCUGAGAAAAUCUUAGAGCAAACAGUUCUUGAAAUGAAUGAUGACUUGACAAAGAUGCGUCAGGCCACAGCACAAGUGUUGGCAUCUCAAAAGCGGAUGGAGAAUAAGUACAAAGCUGCUGAACAAGCUUCUGAGGACUGGUACGGCAAAGCACAAUUAGCUCUUCAAAAAGGAGAGGAGGAUCUUGCACGUGAGGCUCUGAAGAGGCGUAAAUCUUUUGCUGAUAAUGCUAAUACUUUGAAAUCUCAACUUGAUCAACAAAAAGCUGUUGUCGAUAAUCUUGUGUCUAAUACACGGCUUUUAGAAAGCAAGAUACAGGAGGCAAGGUCGAAAAAAGAUACCCUCAAAGCACGUGCUCAGUCUGCGAAGACUGCAACUAAAGUGAGUGAGAUGGUGGGAAACGUCAAGACAAGUAGUGCUCUUUCAGCUUUUGAUAAGAUGGAAGAGAAAGUCUUAGCCAUGGAAUCCCAAGCAGAAGCUCUUGGUCAGUUAACUACGGAUGAUCUGGAAGGAAAGUUUGCGUUGCUAGAGGGAUCUUCGGUCGACGAUGAUCUUGCAAACUUGAAGAAAGAAUUAUCUGGUAGUUCAAAGAAAGGAGAGCUCCCGCCUGGAAGAACAGAUGCUUCCAGUAACAAGGCAUAUCCAUUUCGAGAUUCUGAAAUUGAGAUGGAGCUUAAUGAAUUGAGAAGAAAAGCCAAGGACUUCUAAAUUUUUCUUUGCAGGCACAUUUAUGGGAAUUGUUAAACACAAAUAUGAAGUUGGUUUUAGUUGAGAGCUGGUUAGCAUUUGUAUAGGCAGAAAGAACAAAAGAUUAACGCUGUAUAGCUAGAGACCUAACUCGAAUCAAAGUGCUUCGUUGUGAUAGUAGGCACCAUUUUCACGCUCUUGUUGUAAUUCGACUCUGCUGCAGCAAAGCCAGUUUCUGGAUUAUGUAGGUGGAACAACCUGUUUAAUGUACAUGUGAUGUCUUUUUGAGAUUUA